AUGUCAAAGGCGUACCUCGUGGCCAAGGAGAAGUACCAGGCAGUGAUUGACGACGCUGGAAGGGGUGAUUUCGUCUGUCGGACAAACCGCAUUGGCACUACUCGGCACCCCUCCAACGGUGACUGCCAGGCCGUCAACAAGAUUGAUCAUAAUCAGCAGCGUCGGCGAAGUAGCACAAGUAUGAGGGACAAGAUUAGAGAUAUGAUGAAUAGGCCCGCAUAUUGA